AUGAAUGCAAAUAUGGAAACUGUAAAUUAUUUAAAAAAAUACGGUCAGGAACAUUUAUUGCAAUUUUGGGAUGAGCUUAACGACGAAGAAAAAAAAAUUUUACUCAAAGAUAUCAACGAUGCAGAUUUAGAACGAACCGUUCAGUAUUUUCAAAGGGUUGUGAACGAUGAUGAUAACGACAAAAAAAAAUGUACGAAUAUGGAACCGGUAUCGUCUGAUUGUUCUGCAUCUUUAAAAAAGUGUCGGGAAACUUCAGAGGUAGACAAUUUUGAAGAAAUCGGUUUGAAAAGUAUUUCUGAUGGUCACGUCGGUGUUUUACUUUUAGCUGGAGGACAAGGAACUAGACUUGGAAGUACCGAUCCGAAAGGUAUGUUUGACAUUGGUCUCCCAUCUAAAAAAUCAUUAUUUCAACUCCAAGCAGAGAGAAUAUUCAAACUUCAAAGUCUUGCAAAGGAAAAAUUUUCAAAAACAUGCAUCAUACCUUGGUACAUAAUGACAAGUGCGGCAACAAAAACAAAAACCAAAAUUUUUUUCGAAGAAAAUGAUUAUUUCGGAUUAAAUAAGGAAAAUGUAUUUAUGUUUGAACAAGGAAUGUUACCAUGUUUUGAUUUCAAUGGGAAAAUAAUACUUGAAAAAAAGUAUAAAAUUGCAAAAUCACCCGAUGGUAAUGGUGGCUUAUAUAAAGCUUUAAAAGAAAAAAAUGUACUAGAAGACAUGAGUAAAAAAAAUGUAAAAUACUUACAUGUUUAUUGUGUUGAUAACAUACUUGUCAAAGUAGCAGAUCCAAUUUUUAUCGGGUACUGUGCGAGUAAAAAUGCAGAAUGUGCUGCCAAAGUGGUUGAAAAGGUAUCACCCACUGAACCGAUAGGGGUUGUUUGUAAAGUUGAUGGAAAACUUCAAGUUGUGGAAUAUAGAUUGAAUGAAUUUAAUGGGAAAAAUUUCAACGACUCAAAUCAUCCGAUUCAUUUGCAAUUUUUUUUGGAAUUAAAAAAAAUUAAAAAUGGUUAUCAUUAA